GUAAAAUGCUCCCAUUCGGAAUCCUUAUGCUAAAUUUGCAAUUUCCAAAAAGUCAGCUCCACUGCUAGUCCCAAUCAUUCUAGUUCUAGAGAGAAGAAGAAGAACAAGAGUGAGAGAGGUCUAGAGCCUUUCAAACUCUUUUUUUUUUCUUCUCAUUUUUUUCUUAGCACAUUUUAUCUUCUCUCUCUUUCGCCGCCAUGGACGGAGGCGCCGGCGCUCAAGUCAACACCGCCCGUGGCGGCGCUGAACCAGUCGGAGUUCAGAUCCAGCAGAGUCGGAGGUUGCCGGAUUUCCUUCAGAGUGUAAACUUGAAGUACGUUAAAUUAGGUUACCAUUACUUGAUCUCUAAUUUAUUGACUCUUUGUUUGAUUCCUGUAAUGGCUGUGAUUUUAAUUGAAGCUUCACAAAUGAAUCCUGAUGAUAUUCGUCACUUAUGGCUACAUUUGAAGUAUAAUCUAGUCUCUGUUAUUAUUUGUUCGGCGGUUUUAGUUUUCGGAUCCACGGUUUACAUCAUGACCCGGCCGCGCCCGGUUUAUUUGGUUGAUUACUCUUGUUAUAAAGCUCCUGAUGAACUCAAGGCUCCUUAUGAACGGUUCAUGCAGCACUCGCGGCUCACCGGUGAUUUCGAUGAGUCUUCGCUUGAGUUUCAGCGGAAGAUUCUAGAACGUUCUGGCCUCGGAGACGAGACCUAUGUUCCCGAGGCCAUGCAUCAUCUUCCCCCGCAGCCUUCUAUGCAGGCUGCCAGGGGAGAAGCUGAGCAAGUUAUGUUUGGUGCACUGGAUAAUUUGUUUGCUAAUACCUCUGUGAAGCCUAAGGAUAUAGGUGUACUUGUUGUAAAUUGUAGUUUGUUCAAUCCGACGCCAUCGCUUUCGGCUAUGAUUGUGAACAAGUAUAAGUUGAGAGGUAAUAUAAGGAGUUUUAACCUGGGAGGUAUGGGUUGUAGUGCUGGUGUGAUUGCGGUUGAUCUUGCUAAGGACAUGUUGCAAGUGCACAGGAAUACCUAUGCUGUUGUUGUUAGUACUGAGAAUAUUACUCAGAAUUGGUAUUUUGGGAAUAAGAAGUCCAUGUUGAUACCAAAUUGUUUGUUUAGAGUCGGGGGUGCAGCUGUUCUGCUGUCUAACAAGUCUGUGGAUAGAAGAAGGGCAAAAUAUAAGCUUGUUCAUCUUGUUCAUGUUGUUAGGACACAUCGUGGGGCUGAUGAUAAGGCGUUUCGUUGUGUUUACCAAGAACAGGAUGAUGCUGGGAAAACUGGGGUAUCUUUAUCGAAAGAUCUCAUGGCAAUCGCUGGUGGAGCACUUAAGACGAAUAUCACUACCUUGGGUCCUCUUGUUCUACCCAUCAGCGAGCAGCUUCUGUUCUUUGCUACUCUGAUAAUAAAGAAAAUAUGCAAUAAGCAUGUGAAGCCUUAUAUUCCAGAUUUCAAGUUGGCCUUUGAUCAUUUCUGCAUACAUGCUGGUGGAAGAGCCGUUAUUGACGAGCUGGAAAAGAAUUUGCAGCUGACGCAGGUUCAUGUUGAGGCAUCUCGAAUGACACUGCACCGCUUUGGAAAUACUUCGUCCAGCUCCAUCUGGUAUGAACUGGCGUAUACAGAGGCCAAAGGAAGAAUGCGGAAAGGUAACAAAGUUUGGCAGAUAGCAUUUGGAAGUGGUUUUAAAUGUAAUAGUGCUGUUUGGCAGGCACUGCGAAAUGUAAAGCCUUCUCAAAAUGGUCCCUGGGAAGAUUGUAUUGACAGGUAUCCUGUAAAAGUAGUCUCAUAACACGGCAGAGAUCAUGAUUAUGCAGGUCACGGUUAUUAGUAGAUGCUUCAAUGGCCAUGUCCUCUCAAGUUACAUGUACUUCAUGGCGCCUCUUUGCUUGAAGCUUAGUGAUGCUCUGCCUCCAAUUUUCCCGUUUACUUUCAAUUCAUGAAUCAAGCAUCAGUUUUUCUUUUCUUGGUUAGGGCCUGAUGCUAAUUAGUGUUGUACCAUUUCAACCUUUACUCGUAUCUUGAUAUGUGUAGUGAGUGCUAUUCUGAUAGUUAGUGAACUUGUUUCAAUGAACAUUUCUUCAUGAUUGAAUUUGUGAGUAGGCCUUACUUAUUUCUCA